GGAACGCGACUCGUACCAUGCGAACAGGUUUAACGCGUUAUGACGGAGAAUCUAGAACGCCUUUACCCAGUGAAGACGAUCCUUUUUUCUUUUCGGAAAUCGAUUUAUUAAAUCCAAGACAAUCCUAUCAAAAAUUGCGGUACCAAAGUCAGUAUAUAAAAGGAUCUAAGAAAACUUCGUCGGAUUUCAUCAAUACGUCUACUAGAAGCUCCGACUGUUGUUACUGUUGUUGUUGUUGUUGCGAUAAAGUCGAGACAAAAUUACUACCCGAGAGUAUAAUUAAAAAUACUAGAGAGCGUCGCGCACCGAGAGUUCAAUACUUCACAGAUUGUAGUCUUAGAAAGAAACAUGAGGUAACUUUCGCCAGGGAGGAGUCUUCCAACAGCGACGAGGAUAUUAGCGGUAAAUCUCCCACGAAACUUUGGAGGGAAAAGAGUACACCGCGAAUAGUCCGAGCGAUCCGCCGUCACAGCAGAAAAUUCGAGCCGGUCGACGGUGAGGAUCGAUCGGAAUCGCCGCGGCCUGGAAACAGCAAGAGCAGCGUGGUCGUUCUGUAUCACGAGAAAUCGCCCAUACCACCUCCCAGAGCCGUUCGGUCGGAACAAAUAAUUCCGCGAGCACCGAGUCCACCGGUGGUACACACCGUUCGAUCCCCGCGUCAGGAGAGGUCGCAUCUGGUCGAAACUCCGGAGGAUCGAUCUCCUGUGUAUCCAAUUGGCCGAAGAAAAGCUACUUUGAGACGACGUCGACGUUUAUCAAAGCGGCGAAGACCAGUCAACCCGAACAUUUAUCAGGAUAGCCGUGUAGCAGAGGCUGUAUCCUUGCCCAGAGAUCAUUGCGCCGCCUGCUCGAAGGAGGUUCAGUUUCCGGAACAGAGACCUGAUCUGGCUAGAUACACAGUCAAGCCCGCAAAAAAUUUGAUUACAUCGGGAGGAGACACUUCCACCCUGCAUGAGGACGAUUCGGACGAUCUUGAUCGAAAUAGGAAAUCGAACGUCCAAACCUUUGGGGAACGAUGUCGUCCCUCUGAUAAUUCCGUUUUGAAACUAAUGGCUCGUUCCAGUCCGGGAAGAGACGGCGAUUGCGAUCAACGGAGAAACGAAACAGCUUGUACGAACUUGGCGUAUCUCAUGCAGCAGAUGCACUCACGGCCAAGGGAACGAGGCGACGACCGAACAUUUAUUAGCGUAAACGACGGAGACUCGAGGCGAGUGUUCCCAUUCCAGUCGACUCCCAGCGGUAAUUUAAAGAUAGUUCCUAAUCAGGUGGUGUUCGAAUCGAGAAAGGUGAGCGUGUUGGUAGCCGAUCCGCAACACACAAAAGUGAACAUCAAGGCCGAGCUGAAUAGGGCCGGAAACGAGAUCGGUGGUCGCAUAUCAGAGUGUUCGACGCGACCCAAGAUCGUCGAUCAUAUAUCAACGUCAACGAUCAAUCAAUCGCGAUCACAGAAGAGAUUGCCGAUAGAGGACGAAUACAAAGCCGCGAUGCACCCGUUUAAAUCGAAACUCGCUCAGAUGGAGAUGAUGGAACAGAAGCAACAGCCGACACCGUCGGCGUCGCGCGAAACACCGCUGUUACGAGAGGUGCCACUCUCCACGCUCGGAUUUACGAGAGAGCAACCAAUCGAUUGGGAUAACAUAAUUCUACCGGAGAAGACCGACCUGUACCAGGAGUUAGCCAGGCGUAUCACAAAUUACAAGAAUGCCGAUUGCAUCGUGCGAAUCGAUCAAGACGAAUUUCAUUGCCACCUCCUGGUGCUGCAGAGCUACAGCAGCUUCUUCGACGAGAAGAAUUGCAAGGAGAUCGAUCUAACCGGGACCGGCGUAUCUUCGAAGGCGUUUUCAAUCAUCUACGAUUGGAUGAUCAGCCCGCAGGGUGAAAGUUGUCGUCUGCUACAGAGAGACAACAUUCUUGAAAUUUUUACCGCCGCUCAGUACCUCGGGAUUAAAGAACUCGAAGAGCAAUGCUGGGCUUUCGUGGACAACGACGAAUUAUUCUCAGAGGAUACCGCCUUCUUGUUGUACCUCGAAGCAAAGCAAAUUCGAAACACUGCAGUUAUGGAACUGAUGGUGCCGAGAAUCAUGAAAUUCUUUUUGAUGCUCGUCAGUACCAAGGAUUUUCUGGAGUUGUCGGUGGACGAAUUAUGUCUCUUGUUGAAAUCAAACUACAUUUGUGUCAAUAGUGAAAUGGAAGUACUUAUGUCCGCCGUACGAUGGAUGAUGCACGACUGGGAGAACAGGAAGCAGCACAUGUUGGAAGUUCUAAAGUGCGUUCGAUUCGGACUGAUCGCGCCCUGGCAAUUGGUAGAUGUUAAAAGAAACCCGGAAAACCCCGAAUUUAUGGAGUUGAUGUCUUAUCCUGAGGUGCAGAAGAUGGUUGACGACGGCCUAGCUUUCGUCAUUAUAAAAUACUGGUACGGUAACCAAACGGAAGAUUACUAUCACUGGAUCGACUUGCUGGGACUUACGGAACCGACCAAUCGAAACUGGGCUGGAGAGGACAAGAAUUACGUGACGUAUCGAGAGUUUUUGCUUUACCUCGAGGAGUAUCAGAGAACGAAACUUUCGGAAUUGAAACAGCGGAAGGGCCGCUCAAAAUCCGCCUCUAUAAAUUCACCCCAUAACGAUUACACAUGUGCACCUCCCAGAGCAUCAAAUAAUUACAUACAAAGCUCGGGAGAUACUGGUGCUAUCCACGAGGCUGCGAUGCACUCGAGACAUUCAAAACCAGCGCCUCAGAAUUAUUUACCGCUAGUGAUGCCGGAGGGCAUGAUGAUGCCACCAAAAUUUAUGAACGAGUACCUGAGCAGCCUGGAGAGAAGCAAAGGGAACGGUCACGAAAGAAAUGUCGUCUACGAUACAAGAUUUAGCGGCGGCGGCGAAUCGCCGAAGAUAUCCUACAGACCAUCGAACAUCGAGAAACACAAACAAGAACACUGUCUGCGCGGCGUAAAUUUACCGGACGUCGAUAAAUUGGAUUACGAGAGCCAGCAGCAGGAAAAGAACGCGGCGGAUGUUUGCCGAUGCCAGCAACAGCGCGAGUCGAAUUUCAUAUUUUCCGCGAGAAAUCAGCAGGCGAGAUGUAAGAUGCCGAGGGAGCCGGAAGAACGGGCAGAUUCCGGUAAAUCCGAGGAGGAGGCCGCCACUACGAUACAGGCAGUUUACAGGGGAUACAAGGCUCGAAGAAGACUCGACGAAAUAAAAAUAUCAGCGUCAGAAGGGAAACGAAAUAUCAAGAAGGUAGCUGAACUUUUAGCGAUACCGAUGAUCGAAACAUCUCGCAACCCCUCAGUGGAACCUAUCAAAAUAUCGACCAGUUCAGGGAAUCAAAUGAGACACGGGAAAGACGGCACAUCGGUCUUGUUAAGUCCUAGGAAAGGAAGUCGGGACCAUUCGAUUGUACGAAAACAGAAUUCGAACUGCACCGGCAAUCAACUGAACGAAGUAAUAAGUCUUAUCAUGCUUAUCAGAGGUGCCUAAUCGUAAAACAAAUUAAUAUCGCAGUUCGAUACGUGUUACUCGAUCGAAGAUCAAAGAACACAGAAAGUUACUCAAAACUUGAAGUCUAUCAAAACUAUCAAGUCGCCGGUAUUUUUCUCUAACUACGACGGCAGAACAAGCUCUCCGUCCGAGAACACGGAUACGGACGAUCUUUUCUCUCCACGCGCAGAAUUGAAAUCUGUGACGAAUUUCGACGAUGGUAUCGGAACGGAUAAAAAAAUCAGUGACAUGAAUCACUCCGACGGUGAUAAUAUGCAGCGAGUUAAACCCAACGCUAAAAAUGUUCAGACGCGAUCUAACAACUACAAAAGGCCUUUGCCGCAAAGGAUCAGCAAUAGCGUGAUCGCUUCUAAUACAGACGGAUACUACCUCGACAGUUCUCUAUUCUUUCCCGACCGAGAAUCGGUUCUCGUGUUCGGCGGUGUCGAUCCUCACGAAGAAUACGGCCAAUCCGGAAACACUGGCAAGGACAUAUAUAGGUUCAAACCGGACGAGAAUAUUUGGGAAUUCAUCGGAGAAAUUCCGCGAGCACGACAUCACCAUUCGGUCACUUACUUGAGAGGUCGAAUUUAUAUCGUGGGUGGAGCUGAUCCCUUGGAAGACAAACUUCACAGAAAGAGCAUCGCGGUUGGAAGUGUAUGGAGUUAUGACCCGACAACCAGGACUUGGUUCAAUGAACCUAGCAUGCUGACAGCUAGGAAGGACUUCGGAUUGGUGGUCAGCCACGGGAAAAUGUACGCGAUAGGAGGGCAAGGCAGGAACGGGAUGGCAUUGAAAACGAUGGAAGCUUUCGAUCCAUCGGACGGCACGUGGAAGGAAAUGCAACCGAUGCAGAUCGCGAGAGUGGGACCAGCCAGCGUGAAAUAUCGGGAUCUUAUUUGGGUCGCUGGCGGGAUGACAACAUCGAAAAAGGAGCUGUUCUUAAAGGACGUGGAGUGCUACGAUCCGAUUAAAAAUUUAUGGCUAAAAGCAGUGGCUUUGAGGACGCCGAGGUGCUUCGCCUCGUUCUACGUAGUGUCCGAUUGUCUUUACGUGAUCGGCGGGGCAUCGACCACGGAGAACGACACUCAAAGCAUCAACAGCAUCGAUUUAUGGGACGUAAAGGACUGCGUUUGGAGGGAACACACAUAUAUGUCGAUCGCGAGACACGGUCACACUACCGGCUCGAUAGGUGACCAAUUAUUGAUAAUUGGCGGUGUAACGACGGCGUUUAUGAAGACUCUGAACAGCGUCGAGUGUUACUGUUGCGACAUGGGGAAGUGGAUGAAGGGCGUAUCCGCGUUACCGCAUCCAGUUUCCGGUCACGGAACCGUUUCCUUGCCACCGGCGAAUCUUCUGAUAAAUCGCUGAAUACUGUAAAAUAAAGGUCGCCAUGUAGCUUCAGGUGCCGCGUUUGAUAAUCGCCGCGUCGGGUUCUCGUUCGAUCAUUGUCACUCGUAUUUAAUACGUAGCACUUUAUACAUCUCUGCCGUUUUACUAUUUACAAAUCUUUAUACGAUCUUUUUAAUCGUCCAACGUAUAUCACGAAUAAAAACGUAUUGCGAGAA